CGAAAAAAGUGAUGUCCGGAGAAUCAUACCCCCCAGUUUCAGAUAGCUUUUAAGUUUUAAAUUUGCUUUACGUGUUAUCUUGUGGAGAAUAAACUAAAGUUUCAGGAAAAGUUAAAGGGUUUGAAGAGAGAUACCUGAGAUGAAGAUUGUGUCAAAUCAGUAGUUGGUUAAUGUCUGCGUUUGUGUGAAGACGAAGAGUUGCAUGGAAUUGAUAAAUUCCUGAACCAGUUCGAUAAACCAGGAUUGGGUGAAAUAAAACAUUUCCUACAAAGAAGAGUUUUACUUCCGAUCAUUUCGCAAACGUAUCAGAAAUUAGUUAUUUAUCUUAGAACACUUAUUAUUAUGAUGUAAAUGUGAAAAAGUCAAUAAAAAAAAUGAAACAACUCAAAUAAUAUCAUCAAAAUGGUUAACACUAUCAAAAUUAAAAAAUGGCAAAAAUUACAACAAUAAAAAAGUUAAAAAAUUACAAAUUUUUUAAAAAUUACAAAAAUUAAUUGGAUUACAAACAUGACCAAAAAGACAAAAAUGGCAAAAUAGAUCAAAAUUACAAAAAAGGACCACAAUUACACAAACUACAAAAAUGAUGAAAAAGACAAGAAUGACGAAAGCGACAAAAAUUAUCGAAAAAACUACAGAAUGUACAAAAAGUGAAAUGAAGUGGCGCCGAAAUACUUUGAGAUCACAUUUCUUAGAGACGCCUAGAGCCGCAUAACCAAAUUCAAACACGUGCAUACUGAGAGAAUACUGGAAGUGAGGCUUUUCCACAUUGACUUAGAAGCAAGCUCCCAAGAUGUAUGAAAACAAUCACAUUAUACCCUAGUCAUCACCGUUGAUGAUAAAUAGCUUGACAACCGCCUCAGCGCUACCUGUCCUCCGCGUGGAUUUAAUAUGCCGACUCGGAUAUCAUUUGGUGGAUUACUGUAAUUAUGUACACAUAUUAAAGCUUCCUCCUAGAGUACCUACAUUAUACUAAUAGCAUCUCAUUCGAGAAGCUAUGAUGAUCUACCGCAUUUCCCAUCCAGCUCGCGAUCAUCAGUGAAACGUUAGUGGACAAUCUAUUGGAAUGGCCAAAAUUCCACCCUUCAUCAACGCCCAGCUUCUGCAGGCGGCACUCGAAGAGGGAUUGAACUUUCCCCGGCGCACCGAGGGGGUCCAGGUGCAAGAAUUUACCGCCCAAUGUGCGACCAGUGCCGGGGACAAUUUCCUGAGUGAUGUUUUCCGAGUGUGGGUGCAGUUUAGCCGAGUCGGAUCCACUCGGAACGAGGACGUGUCGCUGAUCGUGAAAUGUAUGCCAGAUGGAGGACCCCGUGGGUCGCUGAUCGAACAGUUGGAUGUGUUCCGGAAGGAAAUCUACAUGUUCCGUCGGGUGGUUCCGGAACUGAGCCGGUUGGCCGGUGGGGAAAUGUUUGCUGCCAGGCUUUUCUACGCCACCGAAACCCCGAUCCGCAUGCUCAUUUUCCAAGAUCUCAAAUCGCUAGGGUACGUGAUGGCCGAUCGCUCAACCGGGGGAGGUCUGGACAUCAACCACUGCACGGUUAUCAUGAAAAAGAUAGCUAAAUUCCAUGCCGCCUCUAUGACCAUGCUGUAUCAGGCUGAUGCCGGAAAGAUGGAGGAACUCCAAUCCCGUUUCCGAUAUGGCCACGUUAACCCAAGCUUAAAGGUGGAGGAGAAUGUCGUGCUCGGAAUAUUGAUCGCCGGCCUGGACACGUUGAUUGACUGUGCGGAAAAGUAUUGGACCGAAAUGGAACCUGAAGUCCUGCAGAAGCUGAAAACGAUGAGACCGCGCUAUGCCGAUCGGGUGCUGGAAUGCCUGUACCGGAAAUAUACGGAUGGAUUUCGGGUGCUGAACCAUGCCGAUCUGUGGAGCAAUAAUAUUUUGUUUCGGUAUGAUUCAAAUAAGGUACCGUUGGAUGCGGUUUUCGUUGACUAUCAGUUGAGUUUUAUCUCGAGUCCCGGAAUCGACUUGAACUAUUCUCUGAUGAAUUGUCCCACUUUCGAGGUGAGGGAGUUUCAGAAAGAUGCAUUGCUGGAAGUUUACUAUCGACAGUUAGUAGAUUCCUUGAAAAAGUUGAACUAUUCCAGUAUUCCCACCGUUAAGGAUGUCCAGAAAGAGUACAAACGAAUGGAAUAUUUCGGUUUAGUGUCCGCGAUCUCAAUUCUGCCAAUCGUGACGAUGGACUGUGUUCCAGACGAUCUUGAUGUCAGCUUCGAUGCGCUUGCCGACGAGCGGAAGGCCGAGCAGCUGCGUCUUUUCCAGUACAACGGUGCUCGGUAUCGGAAGGCGAUAACCGUGGUAUUGGAACGCUUCCAUCGUGAAGGUUUGCUGGAUUAAUUGUGUACGUCAUUUUUUUUUUUUAUUUGGAUGGAUUUUAACUUCUAAAAAUCAUUCAUCCCUCAAUUUUUUUUGUUCGUCAUGCUUGUAUCUUGUAUUGCCAAAGUUAUUUAAUGUCGAUUUUGAAGUAAGUUUUUUUAAUGUUAAAAAUAUAUGUAAAAAAAAUGGUGAAUUAAAUGGGUGUUAGUGGACAGCAUAUUUGUUAAAUCUUAUUUGUUAGAGGCCAUUCAAAUAUUACGUAACAAGUUUAGGGGGAGAGGGGGUAUAGCAGUUUAUUACGGCUUGUAAAUUUUGAAUAG